CUGGUGUGAAGGUGGUGACAGGUGGGCAUCAUGUGGUGGAAGUCAUUGUCCUGCAGGCUGUUGGUUAGAUUUCUGAACCACGGUGUCGUCGCUUCGAGCAAACCGCUGCCAGGGAGAAAUGCUGCGGCCGCCGCGCAGGUACGGAGCUCAGCGAGGGGCUACUACAACACCGGGAGGGCCGCGGAGCCCGGACCGGGCAGUGCGGCCCACGUACGGGUCGUGGACCUCCGCAGCGACACGGUGACGAAGCCCGGUCCGGCGAUGAGACGGGCCAUGGCGGAGGCCGAGGUGGGAGAUGACGUGAUGGGAGAAGACCCGACAGUCAACGAGCUGCAGAAGAUGACAGCUGAUCUGUUUGGGAUGGAGGCUGCCCUGUUCGUCCCCUCUGGAACCAUGGGUAAUCUCAUCGCAGUGAUGGUGCACUGCAGGGAGCGAGGUGACGAGAUGAUUGUGGGCGAUCGGUGCCACAUACACAUCUAUGAGCAAGGAAGCAGCGCACAGCUGGCUGGUGUCCACUCCACCACAGUGACCACCCUCCCUGAUGGGACAUUUGACCUGGAUCAGCUGGAGUCAAAGAUCCGUCACGGGUAUCCAGACCCCCACUACCCCCGCUCACGCCUCAUAUGUUUGGAGAACACACACAACAUUCAGGGAGGACGAGUGCUGCCUCUGCCCUUCCUAAAGGAGGUCCGUGCUUUAGCAGAUCAACACGGUCUGUCAGUUCACAUGGACGGAGCCAGAGUGAUGAACGCUGCCGUGGCCCAAGGUGUUCCUCCAUCCACCAUCCUGCAGCACACACACACCGUCAGCGCGUGCCUCUCCAAGGGUUUAGGUACUCCUGUGGGUAGCAUGCUGGCUGGACCUAAGGACUUUAUAGCUCGAGCAAUACGGUGCCGUAAAGCCCUGGGUGGAGGCAUGAGGCAGUCUGGUAUACUAGCAGCAGCUGGAAAACUGGCUUUGCAGGAUAUGGUGGAAAGGCUGGUGGAGGAUCACCACAAUGCAAAAACCUUUGCUCAAGCUCUGCUCGACUGCCAGUCUCCUCUGUUUUCUGUGGACAUGGCUGCAGUGGAGACAAACAUCCUGCGUUUCCGUCUGCCAGAUCCCAGAUUAGGUCCUCAUGAGUUCUGUGCCCGCAUGGCUCAGGUUGGCGAGGGAGAGGAGGCCGCACUGGGGCAGGGGAUACAAGUUCUCAUGUUCCCUUAUUUUGAAAACUCCGUACGGGCUGUGUGGCAUCAUGGGAUAUCAGCCGAAGAUACCCAGCUCGCCAUCCAGAAAAUGCAAUUUGUGGCCUCUCAGCACUUGAAAGAAAAAGUCAGGGCCCAGUGAAACGUGAUACAGCCAGUGAUGUGAAGAGUAAUUAUGACAAAGGAUCUUUGAAGAUUUCACGAUUCACUGUUUAAAAACUGUUUUUUAUUCUACUGCAGCCGUUCCUAUCAAAUUUUAUUGAUAUAACUUUAGAUACUCUAAGUAAUCUAGAAGAAGGCUGAAGGAUGUCAGACAUUAAGCAAACACAACAAGAGGCACUUUGGAUGCUGACCUCAGAAUCAGCAUUAUACAUUAAAUGUAAUAAACCAUUAUCUCUCGUU